CUUCUAUUGCAAUCCGCAAUGAAUUUGAAUGCGGCAGAUUGGAUGGCUCCUAAAUCUUGUCACCCCACUUUCACCUCGCAGCCUUUUGCAAAAUGUGAUCAAUGCCCAAUGGCUUCGCGUGGCUCCCGUAUGGAUCCACUGCAAGUGAUGCUGACCAGACAGCAUUUAUGCAUAUCCUUGAAAGUUCCUGCGUGAGCAAAGUACCUCUCGCGCAACAGCGGAGCUCGUAUCUUCUUUAUUAUUGUGGUCACUCCUGUGAUUCAGCACCCUCGUCUCUUGACCAUUUUCAAAGUUAAUCCUUCUGCUAUCGAGCAAGUCAGCGUUGCGGUCAAUAUCUGCUGGUGCGUGACUGGUACCCCGCUUCGGAUAAUUCAAAUCAAUGGCAACCGCCCAACCGCAAAGUGAGGGGCACAUCGCCUCGUCGACUACUACAACAACAUCUUCUGUUACAAACAAUGCUCUCGGUUCAGCCAUGAAUUUUGCUUCUAUCCCGACUACCAGACUUCCUGCUUUGGAUACGGUCGACCAGUACGCUGUCGAAGGUCUUGCGCAUAGCUCAGUUACUCUGAGCCGCCGCUUGGAGCUUGCUUGCACUACAAGCCUCCAAGCUGUCACAAGUAGCCUUAUUCAAGGGUACGCUCGCUUCAUCUCGAGCUUCACGGGGCUCGAUGAGAUCGCCUUUUUUGUCGCACGCCAUCCAACCACUGUCUCCGGAUCGGAGAGAGCGCGCGGAGUGGUCCGUGCAUCUUUCAUCACGGAAGACGAUGUCCAGCGCUGCACCAUCGAAGAGGGAGAUGAGCAGUACCAAUUUGCUGAUGAGGUCCACUUUUACCUGGCUUUGGGAUUCUGCAGCGAACCUGAAAAUGCCGAUCAAAGGCCUUUUGUUCAGAUACACGAAAAUGAUUUUACGUUAUACGUGGAGCCUUCCACUAACGCUGCUACCCUCCAAAUAUGUUUCAGCUAUCCCGACCGCUUGAUCCCCGCCCCUGCGGCGGAUCAGCUGCUGAAGAGCGUUGCGACUCAUUUGGCGCAUUCGUCGUCCUCACUGGCCUGCGAGGCCACUUCCCCCAAUCUUUCUAUUAUGAAUCAUACCCCAUCUAUGAUACCCCCUUCACGACGCCAUGACUGGAAUGAAACCGCUGAUUUUACGAUACCCUCAAGUUUUCUCCUUCACGCUGCGUUCCAGGGCUGGGCCCGGACAAAGCCCGAUGCCAUAGCCCUUGAUUUCAUUCAUUCUUUACCUUCGAAAUCUUCUUCUGCAAAGCACAGCAUUUUUACUUAUUCUGACCUCGACCAAGCCUCUGACAAUCUGGCGGCAUAUAUCAGGGACCUGCUGGCGGCCCGUGAUGUUGCUGAUUGCGGACGAGUAAUCCCCGUGUACAUGACAACAUCACCUGAACUGUACAUCUCUUACCUUGGUAUAUUGAAAGCCGGUUUCGCAUUCUCUCCAAUUCCACAGGACGCCCCGUGGGAUAGGAUUCGUGAGAUUCUGCGGGACAUAGACUGUCCUAUCAUUCUGGGUAACAUGCCCAAGCCGUCUUUGGGACCUUGGUCUACGGAGGAGCAGGGUAAAGAUACAAGCGAGCCCAUAUGGGUCAAUGUGAAGGAUGUAACAAAAUGGGAAGUUCUAAUAGAUCCUGGUGUUCAUCUUCCACCGUCCAAAAAUAUCCUCGAAGAAGUGGAUAUUGAUGGUGACCAGAUCGCUUACCUUCUGUUUACCAGUGGAUCUACUGGGAAGCCCAAAGGUGUCCAAGUCAGCCAUUGCGCAGUCACCUGUUCUAUAGCAUCUCAUGCUACGUCCAUUCCACUCCCUGGUGAUUUUGAAGGCGAUUUUCGCUGGUUCCAAUUUGCUUCCCCUACAUUCGACCCGUCACUCAUGGAAAUAUUUGUCACCUUGAGCACCGGAGCUACUCUUUGCUCUGCUGAUCGGAAUUUGACAUUGACUGACCUUGAAGCCACCAUCAACGAAGCAAGAGCGACCAUUAUGAUGGCGACGCCAAGCCUGGCUGCCCUCUUACGACCUUCCCGGUUGACCACGCUUCAAGCGCUUUGGACUAUGGGUGAAAAAUUGAACAGGACUGUUAUCGAAAACUUCACGAGUACAUUGGUUGACAGGCCUCAAAUGAUGUUGGUAAAUGCUUAUGGGCCCACUGAGGGAGCCAUCAAUUGCACCUAUCUAGCACCGGUCGGUCGGUCGGUUCGUGGCUCGAUCAUUGGCAAAGCGCUUCCGACUUGCGCGAUGUUUGUACUAGAUCCAAACAGUCAUACACCGAAACCAGUUGCAGCAGGUCUCGCUGGCGAGUUAGCAUUAGGAGGUCCGCAGGUCAGCAAAGGAUAUUUGAACCGCCCGGAGGAAACUGCGAAAGCUUUUGUCAGCAGCGCAGAUUUUGGACGUCUGUAUCGUACUGGAGACAUGGCGCGUAUCGUCUGGGAUGAUUCUGGCUCUCAAAUGAUUGAGUUCCUGGGCCGCAUAACAUCAGAUCAGGUCAAGAUUAGCGGCCGCCGGCUCGAACUUGGUGAGAUUGAGUCAGUACUGUCCACAACUCCGGGCGUGACAGAGGUUGUGUCCGUCGUAACCAAACGUGACGUCGAGGUUCAGGGCAGCGAACAGAUUGUGGCAUGCUUUGUUGUCAGCAACACUGACGCGAGUGCUGCCGAGAAGCAAUUGAUAACGAACGAGGCACAUUACAAAGCACAGCAACACCUUUCUACGUAUAUGUGCCCCUCUGCGUAUGCAUUCUUCCCCGAUCUACCACGAUCAAGUUCCGGCAAGGUCGAUCGCAAGGCCAUUGUGGCUGCAUUGCAAGGAGGCAAGAGCGAAAUUCAGUUCUAUACCUCACAACAGCCUACUCGAGACACUCCCAAUGGUGUACGAGAUCAGUGGGACAUCCCAGAGGACGAGAACCUGUCUUCCGUUCAGCAGCUCUUGAUAGAACUCAUAUCUCAGACAGCGGACGAGGAUGUUACCGCCAUCAAACCGGAAGCUGGCCUAUAUGCUCUGGGAAUUGACAGUCUUGGCGCAAUGCGAUUGUUGCAGAAGCUACGAGAUCAUGGUUUUGAUGGCCUGUCUGUCGGCGAUGUCUUGCAAUCUUCAACGCCAAAGGGCCUGAUUUCACUCGUCUUUGAGCGUCGCAAAAUGCCCGGAAAGACAGACAUGAACGGAACGCACGACAUGCUCCACCUAAGACUUCAGGAAUUCAGUGACAGAAAUCUCAUAACAUGUGCAGAAAGACUGAACUUGAAGCCUGAGCAGGUUGCGAAGGUCCUGCCGACUACAGCAACGCAAUCUGGCAUGCUUACCAGUUUCCUGCGUAGCUCAUCCGACAUGACCUUUGCGACACGGUCCUAUAUUUACCACACUGUCUUGAAACUUGAGCCAGAUAUCGAUGUACAUAGAAUCCAGAAGGCUUGGGAUACUGCUGUUGCCGCCUAUGAUUCCUUCCGCACAGUCUUCUGCUGGGUUGACGAUGAUAUGGCACCCUUUGCUCAAUGCAUUCUUACUCCUGAAGCGAGAUCACCAACUGAAUGGGGUGUCUAUCAAGUCACAGAGGCUGUCUCAGCCGAGGAAGCUCUUCGUGCUGCUCUCCGAGAUGCUGAAGAGGGCAUUGAACUAAGCCAACCACCCUUCAGGCUUUCUCUGGUCAGGAGUCACGCUACAGUUCAGAUUGUUUUGAGCAUGUUCCACGGAAUAUUUGAUGGAGGCUCAUUGCAGCUCCUGCUUGAGGAUGUGUCUUCUAUCUAUUAUGAAGAGCCUGCUAAGCCACGAACGUCUCUCGAAUAUGUUGUGAAGCACCACUUUCGGGCAGAUCAGACGGCAACCUCCGACUUCUGGAAUAAGCAACUAGAGCACCAUUCUCCUGUGCCAUUCCCAUCCGUCACCUCAUACAGACCGUCUCCAGUUAAGUCAACUGGCUGUGUGGAAGUAACGGCUAGUAUCCGCCAUGACAUCCUCAAGAAGAGGUCUAAGCUUAUAGGAUCAAGCCCGCUUUCUGUACUUCAAGCAGCUUGGGGCUCAAUCUUAUUGGCUUACAGUGGCUCACCAGAUCAAGAUGUGAUGAUGGGUAGUGUUAUUUCGGGUCGAUUGGAUGCUGUCUCCGAGGCCUGCAUUGGGCCGACAUUUACCACAAUUCCUAUUAGACUCGCUCUCGAAGACUCGCAAACUAAUCAGGCAGAUGCUUGCACAAAUCGUGUUAUAACUCAGCGGCUGGCAACGCUUAACGCAAGCGCCCUGUCUCACCUGCAGCCCGGCCUUGGAACGCUCGUUACGGCGGAAGGACGACUUCCAUUUGAUACACUGAUCGCCUACCAGGAUUUCAAUGCUGGGUCCAAUGCGAGUGGUAUCUGGAGUUCAAUCUAUCAUCCGCCCAUGGCGAAUGAUUUUGCCGUCAUGGUCGAGGUGUGGCCGUGUCCUGACUCCUCCUUGACGUUCCGGGCCAGUUUCGACGAGUCCAAGCUUGAUUUGUGUUCGGCUCAAAUGAUGCUUAGACAAAUGUCCGAUAUCGUCAAUUAUAUCCUCGACGAGCCUGAAGGUAAUUUCGUCGAUGGUCCUUUGAGGACUAGGCACGAUUUCAAGUCAUCCUUCAACCCCCAACCUAGAAUUCUUGACAUGGUACAGGAUCCUCUCCUGCAUUGGCAGUUCGAAAACCAUGCGCUGUUACACCCUCAAGACCCUGCUUUGAUCUUUAUGCACAAUUUGGAUGACGAGAAUGACACACGAAAUAUCACUUGGUCUUACGGAGAGCUCAAUGACAUUGCAGAGCGCCUUGCAGUGCAUCUUGUCCAUACCAGCGGUGAGCUCAACAAUCGCCCAAUUCCAAUCUGCAUUGAAAAAAGCCCAGCCAUGUACGUCGCAAUCCUAGGUAUCCUCAAGGCUGGAGGCGCCUGGUGUCCAAUCGAUACUAAGUCCCCUGCACAACGUCGUCACGACUUGAUUUCCCGAACCGCAUCGAGCAUUUUACUGGUUUCUGACCUCGAUGGGUCACAGCCAGAUGGCUCAAUUCCUGACGGAGUCCGAAGCAUCGAUGUUAAUCGUUUCAUUGAUGCGGGAGCAUCCAGAAUCAACGGCGAGACUUUGCCUUCGACUACUGUCAGGGCCCAACCCAAGCCUGAUGAUAUGGCGUACUUGAUCUGGACGAGUGGAACAACAGGAGCACCCAAAGGUGUGCCGAUCAAACAUUCUUCUGCCGUGUCUAGUAUGAUAUCUCUUCAAAGUGACAUCCCUACAGACGUGGCUGGGGGCGUGCGAUGCUUGCAAUUUUCAGCAUACACAUUCGAUGUGUCAAUCCAAGAUAUCUUUUACACUUGGGGAGUUGGUGGCGUCCUCAUCUCUGCUACGAGGGAUAUCAUGCUUGGCUCAUUUGCAAGGCUGGCCAACGUUACAAAAGCAACACAUGCACAUCUAACCCCUGCAUUCUCAGCUGGAAUAUCUAGGAAAAGCUGUGAGACAUUACAGGUCAUUACAAUGAUCGGCGAGAAGUUGACGCAGUCUGUGGCUGAUGACUGGGGAACGGACAUGAGAGCUUUCAAUACGUACGGACCGGCCGAGGUAACGGUAGUCUCGACGAUCAGAGAAUUCGGCAAUGAGCACAAGGAUGUCAAAAGCGCCAACAUUGGCUGGCCCAUGGAGACAGUUUCGGUUUUUGUGACCAAGGAUCAACGGCUGGUCAUGAAGAAUGCUGUCGGAGAGCUGGCACUUGGUGGUCCACAGCUCUCACCCGGAUACCUCAAUCAGGAUGAUAUCACCAAAGCGAAGUAUGUUUGGAACGAGGAGGCUGCACAGAUAGUUUACUACACCGGUGACCUUGUUCGCAUGCUUGCUGACGGAUCGCUUGAGUACAUCAACCGUGUUGAUGACCUGGUCAAGCUGGGCGGUAUUCGAGUGGAACUGUCUGAAAUAAGCUUCUCUCUGAGGAAUUGUCAUUCGCUUGUCGAAAGCGUUGAGACUCUUCUUCUCAGUCGUCCGGACAGGCCCAGCAGUGUGGUUGUUGCCUUUCUAUCUGCGCCGAAAGCUGCAGCCACGGAAAGUCAGGAGAAGCUCAUGAUAUAUGGUCGCUCCGCUGUAGAGAUAGCUCGAGCUGCCAGCAAGCAAGCCCAGCGUCUCCUACCCGGUCAUAUGAUACCUUCAGUUUUCCUGGUAGUGUCCCAUAUACCAAAGACAUCUUCAGCCAAGACUGAUAGGCGAGCACUUCAAGCGGCUUACACGUCUCUUGAUCUCGAUGGCUGGGAAUCUGAAACGAACUUGGCCAACGGUUCUGAAUUGGUCGCCGAAAGCCAAGUUGACGCAUCUGUUGCAACCGACGUGCUUGAGAUAAUCUCUUCUUUAGCUGGUAUGUCGACAUCACUCAUUUCCAAAUCCAGCCGCCUCAGUAGCCUCGGCAUCGAUUCGAUCCGUGCUAUCCGGGCAGCAUCUAGACUGAAAGAAGCCGGCCACCAGGUCUCGGUUGUCGAUGUUCUCAAUUGCGUGACUGUCCGAGAUUUGAUGGUUUUAGUCAUUGAAGCAAAUCAAGGCACCCGAGUGGACUCACCUGAAACGUUCGACGUGGGUGAUUUCAAUGAGAAGUGGCAUAGCGCUGCGGCAGCCAAGAUUGGAGAAGACUUCAGCAUCCUCAGAGCGUCUCCAUUACAGGAAAGCUUGCUUACUGAGACGAUGGGAACCUACUCCAUGUACUGGAGCAGCCACUUCUUUCUUCUCGAUGAUGUGGUGGAUCUCCCAAGGUUGAAGCAAGCAUGGCUCUCAACGUGCCAGCGAACCCAAGCUCUGAGGACUGGUUUCAUUCCCGUUGCUGAAGUUGGAGGCUCAAGUCCAAGCACACCCGAACACUACGAUUUCUCGAUCUUGCAAAUCGUCUAUCAGCUUCCAGACCUCAACUGGAAGUCGCUGCAGUGCAACAGCUCUGAUCUUCAGAACUUACGGGAUCAGAGACUGGAUGAGAUUAUGUCGAUGCAUCAGAAAGCCUACUUCAGGCAUCCGCCCUGGGCCGUCACAAUAUUUGAUACCGGCGCCGAACGCACUAUGAUGUUCACUGUCCACCACGCCAUACACGAUGAACCCUCACUUGGUCUGAUAUUGGAUGAUGUUCGACGUGCAUAUACGUAUAAACCGCCCUUGCGUGUUCAGCUUACGGAGGCAUUUUCUUUGAUUCUUCCCACUGAGAAAAGUUACCAGGCAACAAACCAGUUUUGGAAAUCUGAACUCAAGGACUUCACUAACCUUGACGCCCCUGUUUGGCCGGACCUCACUGGCAAGAGGCUGCAACCAGGCGAAGUCCCAGUGUACCAAUGGAUUUCGGAAGGAAUGUCUUUGACAAAGCCAAGUUCUUCAUUACAGACAAUUGCAGCAGAACUUGAAUUAUCCUCCAUCGCAUCCAUCAUCCGGGCAGCGUGGUGUUAUGUAUCACUAAGCUACCUUGGACUCCCGGCAGCCGUGUUCGCUGAGACCCUCUCUGAUCGUGUCCUGCACCCCAAUCUUGAGGACUGUAUUGCGCCCCUGAUAUCCGUCGUACCCGUUCCAUUUCAUCCAGAAGGAAGCGUUCGGCAAAUACUCGUCGAUCAGCAACGAAUCUCUGUUCAAGCCUGGAAAAACCGACAUAUACACGCUCGCGAUAUUCGAAACCUGUUGAAACGUCAGAGAGGCGAGGCGCUCUAUCCAGCUGUCUUCAAUUUCCAUGUUGUCGGUGACGAAUCGCUUGAGCUUGUCGAACCGAGCAUUUGGCGUGCAUCAAAAGAUGAUGUGGGCCUGCACGUUGAACAUCCCAUGGCGUUUAACGUCUUUCAGCGCUCUGAUGGUACGCUCUAUAUCGAGGCCUCUUCCGACAGCAGGAUAAUGUCGCACGCCCAGCUGUCGAUUUUUGUUCGUCAGAUUGAUGCAUUGAUAAGCUCAAUGCUUUCAGCGAUCGACGAGCCUUUUGGGAGUCUGGUCAACCGUCUCUCAAAAAGCCUGCGGUCGAUCUCCGAUCAACCUGUCAGCGAGGAAGUGGUGAACUCAGUGCGUCUAAGCCCAACGCAUUGGCUCGAGCUGUAUGCUGCGAAGAAUCCUGAAUUGAUAGCCGUCGAGGUUGCGAGUAACAUAACAGAAUCUGGAGUCGAGAAGGAGACUAUGACCUAUGGUGAACUGAACGCCGAAGCUAAUCGCGUGGCUGCCUAUAUUGCCUCUCUUGGUCACAGAAACAGAAUGAUUGCGGUCUGCUCCGAGCGUGAUCUCAUCUCGUAUACCAUUAUCGUUGGUAUCUUCAAAUCGGGAAACACGUACCUCCCUAUUGAUGAUGGUCUGCCCGCUGAUCGGAAGGUAUUUCUGAUUGAGGAUGGCAGCUGCCCGAUUGUCUUCACUGAGAAGCCAUUUGCCGCAUCCUUCGAAAACGUGCCAGGCACUUGCCAGAUCACAUGCUUCGACAGUGUUGAAUUCUCAGAUUCAUUGACGGCGAUGUCAACCGAGGACAAGGAUUAUAUGUCUGAACCCGAUGAUUUAGCCUAUCUUUUGUAUACAUCUGGCUCUACUGGCAAACCCAAGGGCGUUAUGGUGACCAGAGGGAAUCUCUCCUCAUUUAUCGAGUCUUUUUCGGAAUUCACUUGUCAACGUGCCCCAGUCACCUUGGAGCUUGAAGGGACGGGCAGAUAUCUUGCUCAAGCCAGCCGUGCUUUUGACCCCCAUCUCUUGGAAAUGUUCUUUCCCUGGAGACAUGGCAUGGCUACAGUGACUGCUCCUAGACCUAUGAUUCUCAAUGAUCUUGGAUUGACAAUCUCCAAAUGGGAGAUUACGCAUGCGAGUCUUGUUCCAUCUUUGGUGGAUCAAUCGAAUAUCGGACCUGCGCAAUGCCCUAGCCUGAAGUACAUGACGGUCGGGGGAGAGAAAAUCACGCAGAAAGUGCUGGAUACGUGGGCGUCGGCACCAGGGUUCGCCCUUGUGAAUGCGUACGGUCCGACUGAGGCAACAAUUGGUUGCACUUUUGCCCCUGUGGGCAGAGAUACAAAUCUUCGUAACAUUGGGCCUCCCCUAAGUGCUUGUGUCGGUCACGUCCUCAUGCCUGGCACACUCACGUACGCUCUCAGAGGUCAGACAGGGGAGUUAUGCUUCACAGGUGACCUCGUUGCGAAAGGCUAUCUCAACAGGCCCGAUGCCACCGGAUUCGUGACUGGGCCCAACGGCGAGAGGAUGUAUCGUACUGGUGAUAUUGGGCGCCUGAUGCCAGAUGAUUCUGUUGAGUAUCUCGGCCGCGGAGAUGACCAAACAAAGAUCCGUGGGCAGCGUUUAGAACUUGGAGAAGUCUCCGAGGUUAUUCGCUCCUCCUCUAGUCUUGAUAUCAGUGUAGUAACAACAGUCGCAAAACACCCUGAUCUCUCAAGACAACAGCUGAUUUCGUUUGUUGCAAGAUCAAAUACUCACAAGUGCGAGCAAGACGCAAAUGUCGCGUUUCUCUUCUCCGAAUUUGCCACGCUCGGCAAAGAACUGCAGGACGCUUGCAAGAGAAAGCUACCUAACUACAUGGUCCCUGAGCUUGUCCUUCCCAUCACUUACAUACCGCUGGCACCUCUAUCCGGGAAAGCCAACAUCAAGGAACUGGCCGGUCUCUUCUCAAAUCUUCCCCUUGCCACUGUUCUGCAAGGUAAUAAUGCGCCAAGCAAAGACGACACCUUCGUCAACCGGCCGUUGUCUGCUGAUGAGCAGGCUGUGGCGAAAGAACUUUGCAGUGUUGUUGCAGCAGAUCCGUCGUCAAUCGGACCCUUGACAAACAUUUUUGAAAUUGGGUUGGAUAGUCUUAGUGCAAUUGGUCUCUCUAUCAAGCUGCGGGGAAUCGGUUAUCAAGCUACUGUGGCUCUUGUCAUGAGCAACCCCUUUGUUGAGCAACUCGCGCGUUUGCCUAGGCGUUCCUCCUCGACCACCGAAUCCGUCAUUUCAGAUAUCCGUCGAUGGUUCGCCCGCAUCGAAUCUGAAUACAGAGAGCAUCCAGUCUCAGACUUAGACCCAGCUCGCGUGGCUGCCGUUCGACCUUGUUUGCCCCUUCAGGAGGGUCUAGUCGCCCGCUCCAUCAAUAGUGAAGGCAAUCACCUUUACGUCAAUCACAUUAUCCUGAAGCUCGAGCCUACUGUUGAUCUGGAUAUGCUCAAGUCUGCAUGGCAAAUGGUCGCCAAUGACAAUGAAAUCCUAAGGACUGCUUUCGCCCCUUUCAACAAACAGAUGGUGCAGGUGAUACUUGCAGUUGAUUUCCACGAAAUAUGCUGGGAGGAAAAAGAGUUCGAUAGCCUGGACCAAGCGAUAGAGAGCCAUCGACAAGAGUAUGAUCGGAUCUCUCAGGACAUAGUAUCGAACAUAUCUAGGUCGCCACCAGUACGAUUCUUGAUCGCGAAAUCAGUGGGCACGAAUCAGCCUCCCGCCUUAUUCAUUGACAUUCACCACGCGCUCUAUGACGGCGAGUCCUUCUUCAUGCUAAUGGAGGAUGUUACAGCCCGGUACGUGGGAGAGGCAUUGCCUCCGAGAGGAUCGCCGUCGGAGUUCAUUGAGCAUGUGUGCACUCUAGAUAUGGACAAGGCAAAAGAUCAUUGGGUUCCGUAUCUGGCAGGAUACCGUCCAACCACUUUCCGAAGAAACACUGGGGCAAUGGAACUCUCUACUUCUCGGAGCAGGAAGCUCAGCAACAGUCUCAGUGACUUGGAGCGCUGCGCUGCAGUACUUCGCACUACUGUACCAUCUUUGGUCCAAGCAGUAUUCGCACUUCUCUUGGCGGAUACCGUUGGGGCUCCGGACGUGACGUACGGCUUGGUUCUGUCAGGGAGAGCUAUUUCUGUUUCAGGCGCCUCGUCUGUUCUACUGCCAUGUAUUACCACUGUCCCUGGCCGUCUCAAUACCACUAAUCUGGAGACGGUUGACGAGGUGAUUGAACAUGUGCAAAAGUCUACUAUAAGAUCUCUCGAAUUCCAGCACACUCCGCUGAGACACAUUCAGCGCUGGGUUGGAGCGGAUACCCCGCUCUUUGACUGCCUCUUCUCGUACAUCCACUCCACCCCGUCACUCAAGCACAGUCUGUGGCAUGAACUGGAUAGCCAUAUGCCCGCAGAAUAUCCUUUUGCUGUCGAAGUCGAGGCAAACCAUGCAGAGGACACGAUUCAGUUACAUUGCAAUUUUUCAUCGUCGUUUGGAUCCUCCUACGAUGCAGAGGAAUAUCUUGAAAAGAUGGAGGCCGUGAUCUCAAGUGUAGUAGCUGGCGAAGGUCUUUCUUUGGCCAAUUUCAACUUAUCACGGACAUCUACACCAGGCACACAGUCUCCUGUCGCUGCAUGGGACAAUUCUAUCUGGUCCCCGCUCGAGACUCUGGUUCGGGAGCACACUGCGGACUUCUGUGGAUUGACUAUCGAGGAUGUCACCAAGGGUGCGUCAUUUUUGAGUCUAGGCAUAGACUCGGUCACGGCAAUUCAAUUCUCGCGCAGGCUCCGCGAAGCAGGUCUGGAUGUCUCUUCGUCUGAUGUUAUGCGAUUCUCUUGCAUAGGCGCACUCGCUAAGCAUAUUGACGACACUACCAAUAGUAGGGUUUCAGACCAAGAGGCCGAACACGAGGAAAGCGACACCAUCAAUGUUGAGGUCUACGGUAAAUAUACUCAACUUCUAAGCGACGAUGACUCUAUCUCUGCGAUGUUUGAGGCCACGCCUUUGCAGUCGGGAAUGAUCACUCAGACUCUGGCCACUAAUGGGCAGGUCUACGUCUAUCCUCAUCCUGUCAGGCUUGCGGAUUCUGUUGAUGAAUCUCGGCUCAAAGAAGCUUUGACCAAGGUUAUUGAGAGGAAUGAUAUUUUGCGCACAUCUUUCCAUCUGAUUGAGGACCUUGGGUCCUCCUGGAUCGGUGCUGUCCAUACACAACCGCCACUUGAAUGGACGAAGAUCACGCUGACUUCUAACGAUAAUAUUUUGUCCGAGAUUACUGCUAUGUAUUCGUUCCGGGAUGAAGCAAGCUUCCAGGCUCCUCCGAUUAAGACAUUCUUGGUCAGCCAACCGGAGGGCAGGAUUCUUGUGAUCCUCUUGCACCACGCACUCUAUGAUGGUGCCUCUAUCCCGUUCUUCUUCGAGGAUUUGGCCAUUAUCUACAAUGGUGGCUCGCCCCCAGAGAGACCGAACUUCUCGGAAACAGUCAAGCAUAUUCUAAAGGGACAAGACGAGUCUUCUAAGUUCUGGACGCAGAGACUUCAGGGAUAUGAGGUCUCUGAGCUUCCUCUGCUUCCUACCUCUGUGUCUGCUGACUGUGCAUUCACAUCCGAGCGGCUGUUGAGUGACAAUUUGUCCACCGUGAUUGAGGCUUGCAAAGCCAUGGAGGUCACGGUUCAAAGCGUGUCUCUCCUAGCUUAUGCCAAAUUGCUGGCUCGCCUUUUGGGAAAGCGCGAUAUUGUCUUUGGACAAGUUCUAGCAGGGCGGUCACUGUCAGUGUCAGGAGCUGAGAAUACCUUGGGACCCUUAUUCAAUACCGUUGCCCAGCGAGUUAGUUUUGAGCCAAAGUUCCUGAGCAACAAGGCAAUGGCUCUCCGUUUGCAACAGUCGUCAAUCGAUGCACAAGUGCACCAGAACGCCCCUCUGCGGACCGUGCAAAACUCAUUGAGACGGUACCAUUCUCUUACUUCUUCAUCUCUCUUCGAUACACUUUUCGUGUUCCAGAAAAGUGCAGACUUUGCGGGCAGCAUUAUCAAUAGGCAGACGAUUUGGACACCAUAUGAGGUCGAUAACUAUACUGCGCAGGCUGAGUACAAACUGAAUAUUGAGGUUGAUCAUGCUAGUCAUGGUAUCGUGGUCACUGCUUCCUGCGAUGGGACAUAUUUCACCCAGGACAUGCUUAACAAGCUCUUGGACGAGUAUGCUAUCAUUUUUAGUGAUAUCGUCGGACAUCCCACUAGGUGUGCAACGAUUGUACCUGCGGGCCUCGGCGAUUUACCCUUGAAGCUAUCUCAGCAAGAGGCUCAGGAUAACGAAGUCGCAGAAUCCAAAAAGCCUGUUCAUGAAGACAUCGUUCGAUCUAUACUUGCAGAGGUUGCUGGUGUUUCCCUGGAUAAUAUAAACCCGAACACAAGCAUCUUCAGCAUUGGUUUGGAUUCACUGUCGGCCAUUCGUAUCGCCUCUCUAUGUCGUGCAAAGGGACUGAAAACUGGUGUUGCCGACAUUCUGCAAGGCAACAGCCUCCGCGGUAUCAGUCAGCGAAUCCAGUCAGUCUCCGAAAGCAGCAUGACGCAGACCCACGCCGCGCUUAUAGAUAAUUAUGAGCAGGUUGAGGAAGCUGUUCUUCAACAACUCAAGAUGGAGAAGAAAUCGGUGGAGGUAAUUCUUCCAUGCCUUGGGGGGCAGUACUAUCACCUUGCGAGCUGGCUCAAGUCCAAAAGGAAGAUGUUUGAGUCCGCCUGGCCAUACUUUUGCACUGAGCGUGUUAACGCUGCAAAGCUCGAAGAAGCUUGGUUCCGCCUGCAGCAGAGACAUCCUAUAUUACGGACAUGCUUUGCAGCGAUCUCUGCAACAGAUGUUGUCCAGAUUGUGAUGAAGCAGGCGAUGCGUGAUACCGACAAAUUCAAGGUCAUAUAUCAUUCCUGCUCAAUCACAGAAGCUGCGAAGGCUCAAGCUAGGGAAGAGGCGCUGCACCCGUCCACACUCUUCACGCCUCCUGUCCGUCUGCGGCUUCUGCGAGCCACUGAUCGUGAUGGUGUUCUUGUUCUUAUCAAUCACGCUGCGUACGAUGCGUGGACGAUGCCUAUGUUUGUGACUGAGCUCGCGCAGCUUUAUCGAGGUCAGGAACUUGCCAGUAAUCCCGACUUCCCAGCCUUUGUGACUUCUUCGCUUCGCUCUCUUCGUGCGCUCGAUGAAAAGGGAUACUGGUCAACUAAAGUGGGAUCGGCUACCCCUACUCUGAUCAAGAAAGGAAAUAUCAGUGAGGAUGAGGUGCCCGAUCAGUUGUUCGUCGGGGCUUGGGGGAAAGUCAAGGACUUGUCGAGGCUCGAAAGCACCUGCCGGGCUGCAGGUAUCAGCCUUCAAGCGGUGGUUCUGCUCGCCGUUUCCCGCGGCAUUUCCAGACGUACAGGCGUACCAUCGCCCACGGUUGGUCUCUAUCAAACAGGCCGUUCUGCAUCCUUUGAAGACGUUGACAAACUGUCUGGCCCGUGUCUCAACGUGAAUCCAUUUACAUUUCCCAAUGUCACAUUGGUUGACGAUGCUUCUCCAGCUGCUGUCGUUGAGCAGGCCCGUGCAAUCCAGUCCGCUCUCGCAGAACGUGUCUCGUACGAGCAGAGCUCUCUUCGAGAUGUUCUCUCGUGGACCGGCAUUCAACAAAGCGGAGGCCAUCUGUUCAAUGCCUGGGUCAAUCUUCUUUGGCUGCAAAACGCUGCUUCCUCAGCUAACGACACCACGCCGGAUUCGGAUGUGUACGAGAGCAGCGAACUAUUUCUACCUCUGAAGAUCGGCGUGCCAACAGAUUUCGUUCCAUCGGAGCCGCUACCUGAUACGGCUACGUCCGUGGCAGCCUUGGACACUUCCUUCCUUCCGGACGAGAAUGUGUUUAUCGAUAUCGCUCCCGAUCACAAGACCGAUUCUAUCGGAUUUGGUGUGCGGGUCGAGGGAGGACUUUUGAAGGAGGAAGAGGUGAAUGAUCUCUUGACAGAGAUAGCGAGUGAGAUUGAAAUGAUUGUUUCUUCGGUUGAUGCAGCUUGAGCUGAACCAUGGGCUGCUGCCACGGAAUUGAUUCAUUCACGAGGUUUGGGAGGUUGCCUCAUUUGGUGCAUAUAUUGAUGCAUGUACUUUGUGAUUCUCUUGUUAAUAUUUGUAUUACCUUGUGUUAGAGUGUUUCUAGAGCUAGAUCUUUUU